AUGGCUCUUGUGCUGUCCGUGCUUGCUUCGUGGACUUCCAGUGUAGCAGCCAAAGGGCUUGAUUCCUCAUGCUUGCUGCAGACGAUGGCGGGCCAGAACCGCCAGAACCUUUCCGACGGGCUUUCGCUGCCUGAUGGAGGCAAGCGCGACCUGCCUUUGUUGCGGGGACACGAACCAACUCCCACAGAACUCCGCUUACAGCGGGAUCAACAUGUACCAGUUCCAGGAAACAACAUCUACGAGUACAACAUCUACGAGUACAACAUCUACGAGUACAACAUCUACGAGUACAACAUCUACGAGCACCGGGUACAACAUCCAGCAGAGCUCUGCCGAGGACACCAGGAGUGGAUUGCAGUGAAGAGUUCCGACUCUGAACUCAUCUCCCUGGAUGCGGCCGGAAAUGAUGUAACGACUUUCAACUUGGUCACGACAAACGGUGCCAAGUUUCACAAUCAGGUGCACAUGAACAUGAAGACAAAAGUCGGCAAGACAGACAUCGCCGUGCUGAGGUUGAGCUGCAGACCGAAUCACAACCUCAACCUUCAUCUCACCAUGGAACGCAGGAGCGAUAUGAAACAGGUCGAGGGGGAGGUCAAGAUGGCUCGCAAGGCGUUGUCUACCUUGCAAACAUCAACAUCCACAGAUUCGGAGUUUAAGGCGGCAAAGAAGUGGCAGGACCUCGGAGGAAGUGACGAAGCAGCUGCCUACCUCCACAGCGUGGAUGAGUUGAUGUUGAUUGACGCCAACAUGAGCAAGCUCCAGGAGUGCAACAGCCAAGAGGAGAAGGAAUUUGAAAAGACCUGCUCCAAACAUUUGAGGGCAAUGGGUUCCCAUGCAAUCGCGGAGGCCACCUUCACGGAUUUCUUGUUGGAUUGCAUCUAUGACAUGUGCAGAGGAGCUGGCGAGACAGCUGCAGAACUUGCCGCUGAGCUGCUUGCCUCUACUGCCAGCUGA